AUGGAGCACGGCCGCAGACCGACGAGAGGCCCACGGGUCCCAGCUUCGUCAUGGAACCCCCGAGCCGGGUCACCUUCUACAACAGCACGGGUGCCCUGGUGCCGUGCACGGUGCAGGGAGACCCGCGGCCCGACGUGCACUGGGUGCGCGCCAGCACGGGGCUGCCCAGUCCGCGACGUACCGGGUGUGGUGACGGCUCGCGCCGACGGUACGCUGUCGUUCGCGCCCUUCAGGGCCCAGGACUACCGGCAGGACGUGCACGCGGCCACAUACCGCUGCGUAGCGUCCAACGCCGCCGGAUCCGUGGGCAGCCGUGACGUCCAAGUCAGAGCGAUUAUCCGGUCGGCGUACGAGGUGACCACGUCGGACGUGUUCGUGAUCCGGGGCAACACCGCAGCGCUCCGCUGCGAAGUGCCGGCUUCGGUACGCGACUUCAUCCACGUCGUCUACUGGGAGACAGACGACGGCCUGACGCUGCACAGCGGGACACUCGAAGGCAGCGGCUAUGCCCGCCCGCCAUCACGACUGGAGCAGAUGCUGCUGCGAGCGCAGAGGCCGUCGGCGUACAGCAACGCCCCCUAUAGCUGCCUCUUCGUCUCCAAGUGCCUCCUUCCUGCGAGUCCGCUAAGCCAGGAGUAA